AUGGACAAGCGCACGGGAGAAAGUCCAAUGGACUUCGAAUGGCAAACAAGAGCCCCCGGCGAUGUUACUUCGCCCUUCUACCAGAUUGGAGCGCAACAUGACAAGAAACGAGCACAUAGUGUAUUUGAUUCUCCCCAAAAGCCAACGCUACCCUCCCUCCGUGAACCAAACUCGCAGCCCUUCCUCUUCUCACAGCCUCAACAACAACCCGCACCAUUAUCACCAAAAGCCAGAUUUGGCCAACCUGCUUUCCAAACGCCGCGCAAGUUAGAAGUGGAUUUCUCAUCGGGCGCAGAAAACAUGUCAUCCCCAGAAUACGCAGAUAACGAGGAUACACCCGAGCAGCAAUCCAAGCCAGGGAGGGGAACCUCUGGGGUAUUCAACUUUCACGGCCGGAACCCGCAGAGUCCAGGGCGAGGCGAGAUCCCGCGCUUGACUCAUCAUUCGAACGCAGCUUUGCACCGCAUACAAAAGAAACGACGCAGAGACAAGGAACUCGGUCGAAAAAUACGAGUCGACACCGACGACGACAGCGACCCAGACCGGCCAAGCAGUAGGGAGGGGAAACCGGUGAAAGCCACGAAACAAGGGAAGGGUCAACAGGGCGAGGAUGGUCCUUCGCGCAUGUCUACUUGGUCUGAGUUCUUCAGCAUGCUGGAAGCACAUCCGAAUGUCCCCGCCAUUAUCUCAUGUCGAGCGCCGGCUCUUGAGACCAUCUGCGAGAACUGGGAACGAUGCAUGAACCGCGAUCCGGCGAAGGUUGGCCGCGCCAAGGUCUCGGCGCAUACGAUGGCCAUCAUCAUCAACAGCUUCAUUGAUCCCAUCAGUUGGAAGGCAAUUCUGUUCUUCCUUGCAACUAUAUCCACCGUCACCGUUGUUAGCAACUGGUCCUUCCGCUCAUUCAGACAUCGUUACCAGCAACAACACUACGCACAACCACCUCAGACCCAGCCCAUGCACCCUCAGCUGCAACACAACCCUUCCUUCGGGUAUUACGGACAAUCAGACCCUCGGCAAACCCAGGCCGUCUAUAACGAGAAACAAGACCAGCCCCUGAUGCUCGAGAACCGGGCGAUGGACUUUGUGACCGAGCGCAGCCGUGAGCGCGAGCAACAGCUCCGGACCCCAAGCCCAACUAAGCGUAGAUUCGCAUAA